UUACAACUCACUUUCUUUUUUCCAUCUAAAAUAUAUAUUAUUAUUUUUUCUAUACUUGAAUGAAAAUAGAAUGUAUUGAUAUUUAGUGUAAAAUAAACAAAUGUUAUUUUAAAAACACUUGGAUUGAAUUUCACUUUAUUUUUGUAUAAAAUAAAAAUGCAUUAAAAAUAUGCUUCGUUAUGCUACAUAUCCUCGCAACUAAAACAAAUCAAUCAGUUAUGGGAGACUAUGGAUUACACAAACAAUUCAAUCUAUAGUUUCGAAGACGUGGAUAAUGAACCAACCAUGAUGAUGAUAAUGAUUGUUUAUUUGGUUUGAUGAUCAUGUCUGGCUGUGUAAAACAGACCGAACAAACAAAAACAUGUCAACGUGUUACAACACAGAACGACACAGAUACUUCCCAAUCCCGCGAUUGUUCACCACGCGCCUAUAUGAUCUCUCGUCUUCCUUUUUUUGGAAACCAAAAACUUUUCUUCUUCAUUCAUCUUCCUCUUUCUUUUUCGAUACGAUCUGACUCCAAAAGCACGAAUCAAACCCUACACGGCGGCUAUAUAUAUAAAGAGAGACACCAUGAAACCGAUUCAGCCCCCUCCUUCCCCGAUGAAGAACCGCUUCCGCAAACGUCCUGACCUCAGCCUACCACUCCCUAACCGCGACGUAGCCCUCGCUGUACCUCUCCCCCUCCCUCCUCCUCCCUCCACCACCUCCGCGCCAGCGUCAGGCUCCGCCAUCUCCGCCGCGAAAAGCUUGUCCGAGCUAGAACGUGUCAACCGCAUCGGAAGCGGCGCAGGAGGAACGGUUUAUAAAGUGAUCCACCAUCCGACUUCGAAACCCUUCGCUCUCAAGGUGAUCUACGGUAACCACGAAGACAACGUAAGGCGACAGAUCUGUCGCGAGAUCGAAAUCUUGCGAAGCGUCGAUCACGCCAACGUCGUGAAAUGCCACGACAUGUUCGACCACAACGGGGAGAUUCAAGUCUUGCUCGAGUUUAUGGACGGAGGAUGUCUCGAGGGAGUGCACGUGUCGCGAGAGGAGGAGCUCUCGGACAUGUCGCGGCAGAUUCUCAGCGGGUUGGCUUAUCUCCACCGUCACCAUAUCGUCCACCGCGACAUCAAGCCGUCGAAUCUUUUGAUCGACUCGGAGAAGAACGUUAAGAUCGCUGAUUUUGGAGUGAGUAGGAUCUUGGCGCAGACCAUGGAUCCUUGUAACUCGUCGGUUGGAACCAUUGCUUACAUGAGCCCCGAGAGGAUUAACACUGACCUGAAUCAUGGACGUUACAACGGUUACGCUGGAGAUGUGUGGAGUCUUGGUGUUAGCAUUUUGGAGUUUUACUUGGGGAGGUUUCCUUUUGCUGUGAGUAGACAAGGUGACUGGGCGAGUCUGAUGUGCGCCAUUUGUAUGUCUCAGCCGCCUGAAGCUCCGGCGACGGCGUCUGAGGAGUUUCGUCACUUUGUGUCUUGUUGUUUGCAGAGUGAUCCUCCCAAGAGAUGGUCUGCGCAACAGCUUCUGCAGCAUCCUUUCAUACUCAAAUCAACCAGAGCUCCGGCGUCUUAGUUUUUGCUUUCCCGUUUUGCCCUUAUCAUCUUUUUUUUUUUCCCUAUAUUCUUUUGCUUACAUAAGUUUUGUGGUGAUUGUGAUUAGGGUAAUGAUUUGAUUAGCGAAGAGACACAGUUUUGAGUCUUGUCAUGAAUGAAGAUUGAGUUUGCAUGGCUUGUAGUAGCUUUAUUAUUAUCAUUGUUUCACAUCUUCCAUUUGUUUUAAACUAUCAUUAAUAAAGCUUCUUCUUUUCUUUCA